AUGAGCGGUAGUGAUUAUGUAAGUAACAUCAAACACAGUCGUAUAAUGUUUAAAUUAGAGUCUUAUUUGGCUCCAUGGUUAUUAUCCUAUAUAAAUCAAUAUGUAGAAUUAAAACGUGAAGAUUUUCAACUAUCAUUGUGGGGUGGUGAUGCUGUAUUCAAUAAUUUAAAAUUACGAUUAUCAGCCAUACAAAAAUUAGUACCACAAUUACCAAUUGAAUUUACAAGUGGAAAAAUAACAGAAUUAAGAAUACAUGUUCCAUGGACGCGUAUUACAUCUGAACCAAUUAUUGUUACAAUAAAUCAAAUUGAAUUAGUUGUUGUUUUAAAUAAAGAUUGUCAAUUUUUAACAUCGUAUUCUCGUUCAUCUUCAAAUAAUUCAUUAAAUGAAUCGAUUACUUCAGACUCUGUAUCAUCACCAUCUGAUACUUCUUAUGUUGAUCAAUCAAAUUAUAUGCAAACAAUUUUAACUCGAGUAAUCAAUAAUGUACAUUUAAUUGUUAAUAAUUUAAUUGUAAAAUUUAUUGAAGAUGAUAUUGUUCUAUCACUCUCUAUUAAAACGUGUGAAUGUUAUUCAGUUAAUCAACAAUGGGAUAAAUCUUAUAUUGAUUUAACAGUACAAGAUUUAUUUCUAAGAAGAAUAUUAUCAUUAUCCGAUGUUGUACUUUGUCUAGAUAAAACUGAUCAAAGUGGUAAAAUUAAAUUAUAUCAAGAUCCAAUUAUUUAUCGAUGUUCCAUUCAAUGUCGAAUUCAAAUGGGUUAUACAAAUAUUUUACAAAAAAAACCAUUUCAAAUUCGACUUAGUUUUCAUUGUGUAGAAAAUUUUAUUUUAUCAAUUAAUGAUUUACAAUUACCCAUGUGUAUGAAACUCAUUGAAAUAUGUUUAGCUAUUUUUUAUGGACAAUUAUAUUUGCCAAAUAUGACAACAGUUACAAAAGAAACAGCAGAAACAAAACAUAAUACUCUGACUUCUUCAACUACAACAACAACUACGAUUUCUCCUCUUCCUGUUCCUUCACCUCCGCCUACAGAUUCCACUCAAACUAUGUCAAAUGAACAAUCACAAGCUGGUUGGGUACAAUGGGCAUGGUCUUAUGUUCCAUCAAUAUCAACUGUUCUUGGCGAUGAUUCAGAAACAACUGAAAAUCACGAUCAAGAACAACAACAAUUAGUUCAACAAACCCCACAAGCACUCAUCUUAUUUGCUGGACUCUAUUUUGAUCAUAUUAUUUUGCAAUUUAAGUUGACACAUAAUCGUAAACAUUAUACAAGUGAAAAAAUGGUAUUUAUACCAUUUAUGGAAUUUACUGCUGAUAAGGCAAGUGUUGAAAUUGUUAAACGUCAAAAUGAAUGUUUAGUUGUACAAUUUGGUAUUAGAAGUAUGGCAAUUAAUGCACUCGGUCAAUGUUCAUGUGGAUUUAACGAUGGAAACAAUAAUACUUCUGUUAUUACACCUCUUUUUUUUAGCAAUGACAAUGAGUCAUAUAAUGAUGGGUCAUAUUUAUCAUGGUCUUUAUUUUGUCCUGAUGAUCGUUUACAACCAUUAUCCUCAUUUGUAUUCGAUUUAGAACAACGUUGUCAAGAAUUAACGGAUAAACAUGUUUUAGAACGUUAUGGUGCAUUUUAUUUUGAAUAUUAUUGGUGUAUUGAUAUGUCAUUGAAAAAAAAUGAUGAUAAUGAUGGUUAUUUACCUCAUGAAGAUGGACGUCUAAGAUUUUUAUUUGACUCCUAUACAUUUAAUAUUUCGGCAACAUCUGUUCAUCAUCUAAUGAAAAUAUUACAAGUAGCACAAAUUGAAACGUAUACGCGAACAUAUUGGAAAUUACCAACAGAAAAGGAAUUAGAUUUAUUAGAUACCGAACAUAUUCAAGUACCAGAUGAAAAAAUUGUAAGAAAAUUAGAUUCUUAUUUUCCAUUAAGAUAUUAUAUCACAAAAAUAAAUAAUUUAAACAUUUAUAUUUAUCCAUAUAAACAUCAAUCAACAACAAAACAAUUGACACCAUCAUCGUAUUAUUUACCACAAUCUAGUCCAUCUUCUAUUCCUCAAACAAUGCAAUCACUAUUUUUAGUGACGAUAAACAAUAUUGAUUUUAAUAUAAGUACGCCAAUGUAUUCUCGUAAAAUCGUUCGUUUAAUUUCGUUGAUUUCGACUCCAUCAAAAAAAAUUCUCUGCAAUUCACAAACACAAUUUCUAUUUCAUGUACCAACAAUUAUACUAUCAUCGGACAUGCAAGAACAGUUAGUGACUUUAAAUGAAUUAAAAUUUCAUUUCAGUUUAUUACCACAUGCACAUUUAUGGAAAAAACAACAUCAAAUUGUUUGGGAAUUUAAUUGUGAAUGCUCUAAAUUCAAUAUAAAUUUAACUAAACAGUUUUCAUUACAAAUUUAUCAAAUAUUUGUUCAACAAUGGUUUCUAACCAUCGAUAAAGAAUUAAAACUAAAAUUACCAAUUAAUACGGAUGUACCAGGAGUAUUACCUAUGACAUCAAAAGGACACAGUAAUGAGAAUGAUGGAAUUGAAAUAAGUUUUAAUCAAUUUCAUGUACAUUAUUUUGUUACAUUUUCAUCAUUUGGUGGUACAUUGAAUUUAUACUCAUUUCAUAUUCGACACAAUCAAAAUCAAAUCUUCGAAGCACCAAUAAACACUAAAAAAUUUAUCGAAAAUUUAUAUCAGAAACACUCACUACAUGCUCAAUCAACUUCAGCGAGAAAAAAUUCAGUUUCUGAUGGAAACAAUGUUCGAUUGGUCACACCCGGUUCAGCUUCACCGUAUCAUAAUCAAGUUCAACAAGUCAAUAUAUUUUUAUCAUCAAAAUUUCAAUGUCCAAUAUCGUUCGAUUUCACUCGUGCACCCUCUUUUCUUUGUUUCGAUUUACAAGGCUUUUAUUUUCAUUUGAAUCCCAUCAUCAAUGAUUAUUUUAAUUAUCUUUCAUCUCACAUUGAACAUCAACAGUCUGUAUUACCAAGAACAACAACAAUUUUAGAAGAUGAUCAUAUGAGUAUAUCAUCAUCAACAACACAAUCCGAAAUUCCAUCUCGUUUUUUUAAACGACCAUCACCUGAACCUAUUCAAAAACCCAAAACACCAAAUGAUGUUUAUGCAUUAAUUCGAACCACUCAUCUACAUAUAACAAUUCAUCCUAAUCUACUAGUUCUAUCAAAACAUCUUGUAUUAUGUUUACCUGAUAUUGAGUUAAAAAGUUCACAAUUAAAAAUGUCUUUAUGGACAAUUGAACAUCCAACAGCUAGCGUACAAAAUUCAACAUUAACGGGUGAUAGAUUACCAUGGUUAAUUAAAUUUGAUUUACUUCAAUUAUUUCUUCUAAAAGAUACAUAUAGUCUACAAUUAGCACUGAAAGAACAAAAAACACUCGAAGAAAAUAUCACAUGGUUAAUACGUCCAUUUCUGAUAAAUAUUGACAUUCCGAUUAAAUGUGAAUAUAAACAAACAGUACAAUCAUUAAAUAUCAGUGUACAUAUACACAUACCAGAUACAAUUCAAUGUUAUUUAUCACCAAAACAUUUGAAAGAUUUAGUUCAAUUUAUUCAGACGCUUCUACAAAAUAUUGAACAAAUACAAAAGUUUAUUAGUUUAGUAACGAUAAAAGAUGAUAUUGUAGAGCAGCAACAAAAAGAUAAUAACAACGAUUUAAUUCCUCAAAGUGACAUAUUAUCAAUUAAAUCAAUGAUUGAACACUCAACAAAUAGCUUACUAGGGAUACCAUUAGAUGAUGAAAUUCAAAGUCAAAGUUCUUCAUCAUUUCAUUAUCCUCUGUUUGAUCCAACAAUAAGUCCAUAUCCAUCUCGUUCAAGCUCAACUCGUAUUACACCCGAACGUAGUUUAAUAGUUCAACAAUCAAAUAAAAUUCAUUAUUCGUUUUUUACUCAAUUAACAUUAUCAAAGUUUCUCUUGAUUUGUGAUUAUGAUGUCAAUAAACAUUUAUCAACUCAAUGUGAAAAUUUGUUGUUAUUUUAUGACGCUGAUGAACAUCAUCAUAAACUCUCCUUUCAAAUUCAAACAUUUUCGAUUAAGAAAGAAGAUGAGACAAAUAUUUGUGAGACACUAACAGAUGGUGAUGAUAUUAAAAAAGCCAUUCAUUUUACAAUGACACGUGCUACAGUUGAUAAUUUAUACUCAAAAUUAAAUUUACCACAAAUUCGUUCAAACAAAAUAGCGGCACAACACAUUACAGAGCUUCUAUUAACGAUAAAAGCAAUUGAACUAAGACUAUUUGAGUUUAUUCAACCAAUUAUUGCCUAUAAGGCUGUCAUAAAGUCUCGUCCUCCCAUGAAGAAGAAUCUAAAAGAGAUGCCACUUUUUUUUCCAUGGGAUAUACCAUUGAUAAGUAUGGAUAUACAAAAAAUUAGAGUACUAUUACCCAUACAUCAAAUACAAACAACAAAUUCCUAUGAAAAAUUUAAUAUGUUUUUACUCCAAAUUGAUCGGACAAAAAUUGAAUGGCAAUUAGAUAAUCCCAUACAACGAAAUAGUAUCAAAUAUACACAAAUAUAUGAAGAAGCAAGAACAAAAGGUGAAACAGUUCGUCCUGGAACAUAUAUGGAAGAUCGUCAAUAUCGUUUAUCAAUGUCGAAUAUAACAUUUCAAUUAUGUUCAAUAUCAUCAAAAAUGACAAACACCGAUACAUUUGAACAACAAUAUUCAACAAAUCCUGCUCAUGUGUGGAAUACAACGAUAAUGAAUAAUAAUGAUGAUGAAAUAUUGCAAAAAUCCUUAAUGGAACCAUUUAGUUUUACAGUUGCUAUUGCUUUACCCUUAUUUUCUAAGUAUAACUCACAAUUACUUUUGCUUAAUGGUUAUGUAAUGGAAGUUCACUGCAAAACUGUUUGUUUUCACGUCACAGAUCAAGAUUUAUCAUUAAUGACAUCAACAGCAGCUAAUAUGAAACAAAUUAUAGAAUCAUUUAUACAACAACAACAACCGUUUGCCAGUGAGAUAUCACAACCAUUAUUUCAUAACAAACCAUCUGAACCAUCCAAAUCAACUUCUGUAAUACCAUUUGAAUUAUUUAUGGUAGCCGAUCGUUUAACAUUUGAUUUUUGUACAAUUUCAUCUUCUCUACUUAAUCCUGUAUGUUUAAUUGAAAUAGAAUCACCUCAUACAGUCUGUACUCUAUUCAGUGAACAUAAAUCACAUCAUAUUCAAUUGUGUAUUUAUGAUUUACGUAUUCGUCAACAUAGUAACGACAGCAGAGGUAAUCAGACCUCAUCAUUUAUUCCACAUCAUUCUCUAUUUUCGUCUCCAGUAUUUGAAACACGUCAAGGAGAAGUAGUUAAUCGUAAAACAGGAUUAAUAUCCAAUUUUUUAACGUUCUACUUUGAUUAUGAUUUUAUUCAUGAAGAAAAAUACAAUUUGUUAAUUGAACGACAGUCUGAAUUACAUAUUAAUCCAAUACUUCUUCUUACAUUUUGUACACUAGUUAAAAAUCUUGACACAAUUGUGAAACGUUAUAAACCUAUUACUGUUAGUGAUCAAAAAUCAACUAAUCAACAUUGUAGUCGAAUUAUAAAAUUGGAUCUUUCAACAUUUCCAAUUGCUCUUUUUUGGGAUAAACAUACAGAAUUAUCAUUAGGCAAUAUUCGUUUGACAAUAGAUUAUGAUUCAAAUUCAGCAGCUGUAUGUUACGGUUUAGUUAUCAAAGAUUUAAGGCUCAAUUUUCAAUCGAAACGUUUUUUAAAUCCUUGUACAAUAACGUCAACAAUCGAUCAUUUUCAGUCAUCUACUUCAUCUAUUAAAUUUGAUGUGACAACUUUGGCUAUACAGUUUACAUUUGAUACACUUCAUUUUAUUCUUGAACAAACACAAAUUAUUAAAAAUUUGGUUGAACAAUUAAAACUCGUAUUUGUUGUUGAUGGAGAUCAUGUAAAAGUUGCUAAACAAAUAAAAAACGAAAUCUUAUUUGUAGACGAUUUAAGAAAUGGUUCAAUGAAAUAUGUUUUCGAUGAGGGUAAUGGUGAUGAACCACAAGUUAAUGAAAUUGUAUUUAGUCAUUCACAAGAUAACAAAACAUCGUGUAUGACAUGGAAAUAUGAGAACAGACGAACAAUAAUCAAAUGCUCAAUUCUACCAUUACCAUUUGAAGAUGAACUUGGAGGAAUAACAUUGGUCGAUGAGAAUAACGUUACACACAGUAAACAACCACAACGAGUUGAAUGUUUAUUACAAUAUUGGCAUCCAUGUUAUACAGAAUUUCUAACCUAUCAUAAUUUUAAAUUGGUAGAUGGUGAAUCAACAUUUAUGGAUUUUAGUUCAGAUUUAAAUUUAAAUCCAUUUUCUGAUAUAUGGCGAAUUGUUAUUUUACAUCAUACUAGUAUUCUAACAACAUCUCAAAUAUCAGCAAAUUCAUUGGCAGCUUCAACACGAAUCGAUUCUUUUCAAUCAAAUCGAUAUCAACCACAAAUUCAAAUGAUAUUAACUAUACCAAAUAUUAGAUUAAAUUUUCUACUAAAUGAUGAAACAACAACGACUACAAAUGAUCUUAUUCAAUUUUAUUCUACAUUAAAAAAAUGUUCCCAUGAUGUUUUAACACUGAAUUUAGAUAAUUUAUCAUUUGAUUAUUGUCAACGUUUUGAAUCAAAAUUAUUUGAUUUUGAAACAUCAUUAUCAAUUGAUUAUUUAGAAUAUCGUUUUCUUACCCGACGUUCAUGUUUAGAACCAGCUUAUAUUAAUUUAAAACUAUUUAUCAAUGAUAAAUCAUCUUCAUCAUCUUUGCAAACAAUCUUUGAUACUACAACUCAAAAUUCAAAAUAUUCUCAAUUAUUUAACGAUUCAUCAUCAUCAACCAUAGUGACAAUACAUCAGAUAAAAAUGUAUAUUGAUCAUUUAAAUAUUCGAUUUAGUCAAUCUUUAUUUCAUUUAUUUAAUAUUCUGUAUAUGACAUGGAUGAAAUCUAAAUUAUUUGACAGUUUAACUCAAGAUACAAAAAAACUAUUCUCUGCCACCAUACCGUCCGAAUCACAAGAAAAUGUUCUAUCAUAUUAUACGUACUAUUUAUUUUAUAAUCAUUUAAAUUAUACUGUUGAAUUGAAACAAUAUGGUACUAAUGAACAAAUUUUAAUUGAACCUCAUACAUCUAUUGACUAUUCUUGGUAUAAACACAGUCGAACACCAUUAUUACUAUCAUUUUCUAUUCCUCAAUUAAAUCAUAUUCAAACAGGAGCAUACAAUAUACAUCAUAUUGAUGAAAUUGAUCAAGAUAAUGAAAAUUUAACUAUAUCAUCAUUAAAAUUAUUAAAAUUUAUAAAUAGUCCUUAUACAAUGUAUAUUAAAAAUGAUUUAGAUCAACAUGGAAUAAGACGUUCAAUACACUUGUUUGGUUCACUAAUUAUAAGAAAUUUUUGUGAUAUUGAUUUAACUUUGCAUAUAGAACAACAAAAAACGACUUCAAUUCUAGAAAAAAUACUACCAGCAAAUGGUCAAUAUGUUAGUUUAAUACAAUCAGUACAACAAAUGCAAGCAAUCAAAUGGAAAAUAGUUAAUAAUGAUAAAUAUUCUGAACGAUAUUUAAUACAAGAUUUAUUACAACAACCACAACAAGGAAUAUUUUCAUCAAAUGGAAAUAAUACAUCAUUAUGGAUUCAUUUAUUCAAUGAGAUAAUUUUCGGUACGGAUUCAAUGUGUACAUGUCUUGUAUUUACACCGAUUGUCAUCUAUCGAUCCUAUUUGACUGAUUCAAUUUAUCUACAUUUAAAUCAAAAAUCAAAACAAUCAACAUCAUAUCCAAUUGAGACAACUCUUCUACUUGAAUCAAAUGCCAAAACCAACUAUUAUUAUUCAAUUCAUAAAGAUUUUGUUUAUACUCUUCGUUUACAACAACUUGAUUCAAAAACGCCAACUGAUUGUGUUUAUGAACUAAAUUCAUUGACAUAUUCAAAAAUUGAAAAUAUCGAAUAUAUACAAAUAAAUACAAAUCAAACAAUAACAGAUUAUGUACUAGAAUUAAAAUCGUUUCAUCAACAUCAUUCUCAUACAACAUCAAUUGUUGAUUUGCUCCAAGAACAACAACGUGAAGAAAAGAAAACAAAUGACAUUGUACAUUUGCCAUCAUCUGCAAAUGAUGUACUAGUGCCGAUAACUAUGGUGCAAACAAUUAGUGCUAAUGGACCAUCAAUGUAUGAUGUAACUAGUAAUAUCUUAUUGAAACAAAAACAAUCUGAAGAGUCAACAGCAGUGAACAAUCAUAACACUGAUGCUGGUGAAUUGACAAAUUCGAUUGAUUGUCGCUUAGAAACAAGUUUACUAUAUUCAAAAUUAAACACUAUUCUUAUCAAAUUAAAACCAUCGACAAUUAUUCAAAAUUUAACACCAUACGAGUUUAUUAUUAAUUUUAACCAAAAUGAACAGAAAGUUUAUUUACUUCGUGAACAAUCACUCUGUUUACCAAAAUUAACAUCAAAUUUAUUACAAUUUACUUUGUUAAUAAACGAUACUGAUCGAAUGCAAUGUUCACCGAUUGAAAUAAUUUCUUCAUCAGUUAUCGCAUCAUCGAAAUCAAAUCGUCUCUACUUAAAUUCAUCCUUAGAUCUCAACUUUAUUGCAUCUUCAAAUACUGAACAUUAUCUGUUUAAAAUUAAAUUUAUUCACUUAGAUAAUACGAAUAUUUUUACUUUGUCAUCAAAAUAUGUACUCAAUAAUAAGACAAAUAUGCCACUCAAAUGUCGAAUUUUACUAUGGUCCCCGUUAAAAUCAUCAUUAAAACCACAACAACAGCCACAAACAGUUGAUACAACUAUCAAUGUUCUAAACGUCGAUAAACACUCAUUAUGUUCAAUAUAUCGUUUUCAAGAUAUUCCUAAUACAGCUAAUCAAUAUUAUCUGAUAUUUGAACAUGAAAUGAAACAUUAUUCACAAUAUGUAUCCAAGCCAAUUAGAUUAGUUCAAAAACAAGAACAAGAUGGUGAUAGACAAUGUUUAUGUCUAUUUAAAAAUGAUACAUUUUUGAACACAACUAAAGAUUCUCAAAAUGAACAAAAAAAAUCAACUCGUAAAUAUCCUCAAAACGAUGGAACAACUGCAUUAAAAAAAUCUUUAUCAACCGAUGAUGCUCAAUUAAAAUCGACACCGUUAACAAGUGGCAUGUAUAGUCUUAGCGGUGAAUUAAUAGCCGUUACACAAUUGAUUCAUCCGAUUAGUAAUAUCAUUCAUUUAAAUGUCAAUGAUAAUUCAAUGUGUUCCUAUCUACAAAUUGUUAAUGCUUGCAUAUGUCCACUGCUAUGUCGUACAGGAACAACAGUUUUCCUUCCUCAUCUUCUUCCUCCAUUGUCAUCAACGUUGAUUGGUCUUGAUGCAAGAAAUUACAUAUUCGAUAUUGACUCAUCAUCAUCAUCAUUAACAAUGUCAACAAAAUUAUCUUUUGCCUUUUUUCCAUUAAAUAAUUCUGUGCAAACAUCAUCAAUGACAAAUUUUCGGACGAAUUUGUUGACACUCUAUUUUCAAUCUUUAAGUACUGUUCACUGGAGUAGACCAAUUCGAAUGGAUGAGCAAGCUGAAGAUGUUUUCUUGCCAAUACCAGGUUUGCACGAUGUUCUUAUUCGUUAUCCGUCUGUUUCGUUGUGUUCAAGUCGUACAAUUAUCAUUGAACCUGUUCAUCGUCAACGUGCCGUAAAAACUACAAGCAAAACGGCUGGUUCAAUACGUCGUUCUCUCAAACAUUUCGUAUCAUCUAGGCCUCCAUCUCCAACUCAAAUAAUGACCAUAUCUGAAACGACGUCUACAUCUCGUCAUUAUCGUUCAGCAUCCGCUUCUGCAUCAUCAAUUACCGUUGAAAGUGGUUCACAAUCCGAUGAUGAUGUCAUCACACGUCCAACAUCAUCCGAUCUCAGUUUAAGUUCGUUGUAUGCUAAAUUAUGGUCACCACCACCAUCAUCUACACAACAACAGCAACAACAAAAACAACAAGUUAACACUGAUCAAAAACAUGUCUAUCUCACAUUUCAAUUAAAUAAGUUAUCAUUAUUGCUUCUCGAUGAAUUAACAAAUAUUCAAAUAUACAACGAAAUCGUACGAAUAACCAUUGAUCAGAUUGAUUUACAUUUUUAUCAACGAUUAAAAUGUCAAGAUUCAUUAAAUCAACAACAAUUACUACUUACAUUUGAACAAUUACAAAUUGACAAUCAAUUAUAUAGUCCAAAACAAGCGUAUGAUUUUCCCGUAGUUCUUAUGUCAAAAGAUAAAUUAACAAAAACAACACAUACAAAGAAAAAACAAAUAAUAACACCAGAUAAUAGACUACCGAAUGAUGAUAUGAAUGAGAGUUCAUCAAGUUUAUUACCUAUCACAGCAGUAGCGAAUUCUCCAUCAAGGUCAGACUCAUCUUUAACUCGUCAUUACUCAUCUUCAUCAACAGCCACGUCAGAUACGGUCUUUCCUCGUCGAACAAAUAAUCAUUCAAUAAUGGUGUUGACAUCUGAUACUUGUCCAUCAAGAAUGCGUCGCGAACGAACAAUCGAUUUGAAACGUUCGCGAUCAUUUUUCUAUUUUAAUUUACAUCGUUUUAAUUCGCGUUUAAUUAAAAUUGAUUUAAAUUUGAAAUCAUUUGAUUUAUGUAUUGAAGAUCAUUUUAUCUAUGCUCUGCUGGAUGUAUUUAGUCAUUUAUUACCAUUAAAUUUGAGACUAGCUGAACAUGAAGAACAACGAAAAAUAAUAGUUGAAUAUAUUGAUGAUCGUCUAUCACAUCCGUUUAUUUGUGAAACUCUAAUCAUCGAUGUUGUCGAUGUGACACUAAGUAUUCAUGCACAAAUGAAAAUGUAUAUUGGAUGUAAUCAAUUGCCAAUGUUUAUCGAUAAAUUUCAUCGACAAUACUUAUAUGUGACACGAAAACAAAUUUUAUCAUUGUUAACAAGACAUUAUCUAUUGUCAUUACUAACACGAACACCAUGGCUAUUAGGUUCAUUUGAUCUCUUAGGUAAUCCAUCUGUAUUGAUUCGUAAUAUAACAAAUGGUGUUUAUGAUAUGAUUCAUAUGCCAUAUAUUGGAAUGCGCCAUGGACCAAGCGGAUUUAUGUCAGGCGUGUCAGAUGGUGCAACAAGUUUAUUAAAACAUUUAUCAUUAGGUACAUUAACAUCCGUUACAUCAUUUGCCAAUAGUAUUGCUCGAAACAUGGAUCGUCUGGCAAUGGAUAAUGAACACUCAACACGUAAUGAAGAAACACGACGUCAGUUACCCAUUGGUAUGACCGAGGGCAUGCUGCAAGGUUUAGAAUUAUUGAGUUUAAGUUUAUUGGGUGCCGUGGCGGGUUUGGCUGAACAACCGAUGCAAUCGUUUCGCAAUCGUCAUCGUGGCCAGACGACCACCACUGUUUUGUCUGGCGUGGGCAAAGGUCUCGUCGGAAUUGUAGCAAAACCAGUGGGCGGUGUGGCACAAUUAAUUUCACAAACUGGACAAGGUAUUCUAUAUGGAAGCGGACUCGUUUAUAUACCACAUCGGCGUUAUCGUCAAAUUGAGUUGCGUACAACCAAUUCUUCGACAAGUCGUUUAAAAUUUAGAAAUAAUAUACAAUCCACGGAUGAGAUACUUGAUGCUCUCGAUUAUAUUCAAGAAGAAAAUUUAAAUGAACAAGGUUCAAUGUUAUUAACAUCAAACGCAUUAAUUUUAUACAGUAAAGAUGAUGAAAAUGAAAAAGUUAAAUAUUCUCUUGCUGAUAUUGAUCUGAUUAAACCUGCUGAUUCUACCACCAUACUCUCAAUUGUACCUGCAUCUAGUAAAACAAUCCAUACUGCUAUAAAUCAUGAUUUAAUCGAAGCAUUUGUGAGGAGUCAACAACAGCCAGGUAUUCAUACUGAGCGUCAAGAGCAACACCAAGAUCGUUUAUCAUUUUAUGUUGAUUCUCGUUUACGAAAUGAUUUUAUAUCGUUAUUCCAUUGUACAAAGAACCAACUGUGA